AUGACGACGAAGCGCCGCAACCAUGGCCGUGCGAAGCCCCCGUGCUCCCGUGGCCGCACCAGGCCGGUCCACUGCUUCAACUGUGGCCGUCUGGCGCCCAAGGACAAGGCCGUCGGCCGCUUUGUCGUGCGCCGCAUGCUCGACCAGGCGUCGGCCCGCGACGUGGCCGAGGCGUCCCUCAUCUACGGCGCCGGCUUCCCGAUGCCAAAGCUGUACAUGAAACAGCGCUACUGCAUCGCAUGCGCCAUCCACAGCCGCACCGUCCGCGCCCGCCCAGUGGAUAUGCGCAAGCGCCGCUUCACUUCAAAGGUGCCAUACCGCCCGAACGCCGGCAAGUAA